ACUCCAGUCUCCUCACUAGCGCCUUCCUUUACGUACAUACGUUAAGCGCCGCCACCGUCAGCGCCACCACCACCGCCACCAACACGCCUAUAUACUUCCAACACAAUGGGUGACAAUAUAAUUGGCUCGGCGAGUUUCCUGCACUUGGGCGAUAUUGUGUCGCUCUAUGCGGAGGGCAGUGUUUGCGGCUUUCUCAGCACACUCGGCCUUGUGGAUGAUCGUACCGUGGUGUGUCCGGAGGCGGGUGAUUUAAAUUAUCCGCCGAAGAAGUUUAGAGAUUGCCUCAUCAAGGUUUGUCCUAUGAAUCGUUACUCUGCACAGAAGCAAUUCUGGAAAGCCGCCAAACAGUCUGCCAGCUCGAACACAGACACGAAUUUGCUGAAGCGUUUGCAUCACGCUGCCGAAAUCGAGAAGAAGCAAAAUGAUACGGAAAACAAAAAAUUGCUGGGCACCGUUGUUCAAUAUGGCAGCGUCGUGCAACUGCUCCAUCUCAAAUCCAACAAAUACCUGACCAUGAACAAACGACUGCCCUCGCUGCUGGAGAAAAAUGCAAUGCGCGUUUACUUGGAUGCCAAUGGCAAUGAGGGUUCGUGGUUCUACAUAAUGCCCUUCUAUAAGUUGCGUUCCGCAGGUGAUAAUGUUGUUGUUGGCGACAAGGUCAUCUUGAAUCCCGUAAAUGCUGAACAACAAAAUUUGCACGUCGCUGCCAAUUACGAACUCCCCGACAAUCCUGGCUGCAAGGAGGUGAACGUACUAAACUCCUCGACUUCAUGGAAAAUUACGCUCUUCAUGGAGCACAAAGAAAACCAGGAGCACAUUCUUAAGGGUGGCGAUGUUGUGCGCCUCUUUCAUGCCGAGCAGGAGAAAUUCCUCACCAUGGACGAGUAUAAAAAGCAACAGCAUGUGUUUUUGCGCACAACGGGACGUACAAGCGCGACGGCAGCCACCAGCAGUAAAGCGUUGUGGGAGGUGGAGGUUGUGCAGCAUGACUCGUGUCGCGGCGGUGCCGGUCACUGGAAUUCAUUGUAUCGUUUUAAACAUUUGGCCACCGGUUAUUACUUGGCUGCCGAGCUGGAAUCGGUAGGCAGCGCAUCGUUGACACACUCGCUGGAUGGCAGUGGGCUGGAUGCAUCACUGAAGGAGGCAGAGAAGAGCAAAUGUGAACGCUAUCGCCUUGUGCCGGUGCCAUACUCCACGGAAAUCGCAUCGGUGUUCGAAUUGGAUCCCACAACGAUGGCGCGCGCCGACAGCCUUGUGCCGCAAUCGAGCUAUGUGCGUUUACGGCAUUUGUGCUCGAACACAUGGGUGCACGCCACCUCCAUACCCAUCGACAUAGACGAUGACAAGCCGGUGAUGUCAAAGGUUUGCUGUUCGCCUAUCAAAGAGGAUAAAGAGGCAUUUGCACUCAUACCCGUCUCGCCUGUGGAGGUGCGUGAUUUGGAUUUCGCAAACGAUGCCUGCAAAGUGCUGGAUACCGUUACGAGUAAGCUGGUGAACGGCAGCAUUUCGAUAAAUGAGCGCCGCUCGUUGAUUGCUUUGCUGCAGGACAUAGUUUUCUUUAUUGCUGGCAUGGAGAACGAGCAGAACAAGGCGAAGGCUUUGGAAUUGACAAUUAAGAAUCCGAUACGAGAUCGUCAAAAGCUGUUGCGCGAGCAAUAUAUACUAAAGCAGCUGUUCAAAAUACUGCAGGGCCCAUUUCAGGAGAAUCCCAGCGGUGAAGCGCCCUUUUUGCGGCUCGAUGAACUGAGCGACCCGAAAAACAGUCCGUAUAAAAAUAUAUUCCGCUUAUGCUAUCGCAUAUUGCGUCUAUCGCAGCAGGACUAUCGAAAGAAUCAGGAGUAUAUUGCCAAGCAUUUUGGUCUCAUGCAAAAGCAAAUUGGCUAUGACAUCCUCGCCGAGGACACUAUCACCGCACUGUUGCAUAACAAUCGCAAACUGCUCGAGAAGCACAUAACAGCCGCAGAGAUCGAGACUUUUGUGGGUCUAGUACGCAAGAAUAUGCACAACUGGGACUCGCGCUUUCUCGACUAUCUCUCCGAUUUGUGUGUUUCGAAUCGCAAGGCGAUUGCUGUGACACAGGAGCUAAUUUGUAAAAGUGUACUCAGCUCAAAGAACUCGGACAUACUUAUCGAAACGCAAAUUAAGCACUUCAAAACGCCCGUUAACGAUGGCUUCCGCAAUGCUGCGGAUGAUUCAUAUUCGCUUGGCACGCUGACAGAGGUGUUGGACGAUGAUGAGCGGUCCGAUUUGAUCUCGAAUUCAACCACAACCACCAGCUGGGACACCACCAGUCUAAAUGAUGCGCCCGAAAUCGAGGAGAAAUAUGAAAUACAUUUAAAGUGGCGCGGCCAGCCGAACUCUCGUUCAAUGGGCGAUUUGGCUGACUGCGCUGCUCAAGGCAAGGAGGAGGAGGCCGCCAUACUCAAUUACUAUCGUCACCAAUUGAAUUUGUUUUCGAACAUGUGUUUGAAUCGUCAAUAUUUGGCCUUGAAUAUCUUAUCGCCACAUUUGGAUAUCGAUUUGAUUCUUAAAUGCAUGUCCGAUGAGACAAUGCCAUAUGAGUUGCGCGCCUCUUUCUGUCGUCUAAUGCUACAUUUGCAUGUCGAUCGCGAUCCACAGGAGCCAGUGACGCCGGUGAAAUAUGCGCGCCUCUGGAGCGAAAUACCAUCUAAGAUGUCGAUAUUAGACUACGACGGCAAAAAUCAACAACCCGACCACAACAAAGAAGCUGUGCGUGCCAAAUUCAACACCACAAUCGCAUUUGUAGAAAACUAUCUCUGCAAUGUGGCCACUAAGGUAUGGCUAUUCACCGAUCAGGAGCAAAAUAAGUUGACAUUCGAGGUGGUUAAGCUGGCACGUGAUCUCAUUUACUUUGGCUUCUAUAGCUUCAGCGAUUUGCUGCGCUUAACCAAAACAUUGCUCUGCAUUUUGGACUGCGUAUCAGAGACUGCCAUGGAUGGUGGGGCACCGGGACGUUUCGUAAACACGGACAUUGAUUCCGAAGGUGGCGUACUUCGCUCGAUCGGUGACAUGAACACCGUAAUGACUUCGCUAGCACUCGGCUCUGUCGGUCAAGCAAUCGCCUCGCCUGCAUCGCUAGCACUACAACAUCGCAAGUCCGUGUCCCAAAUGCUGAAAGAGUAUCCAUUGGUCAUGGAUACUAAAUUGAAGAUAAUCGAGAUUCUACAAUUCAUACUGGACGUACGUUUGGAUUAUAGAAUCAGUUGCCUCCUAUCGAUAUUCAAACGCGAAUUUGAUGAGACCGAGCUAAGUGCGGCUGCAGCAGCAGUCGCGGCGGCACAAGCUGCGGCGGCACACACAACUACUGGCGCUGGAUCAUCUGAUGGCGGUGCUGCUGGGGAUGGCAAUAUUAGCGGCGCUGAGACAAGUGCCAAAGAUGCGGCGCUAAUGGAAGCCGCAGCCACAGCUGCUGCUGCGCUCAGUGCACGUCAGCGGAAUAUCGAUUUGGAGUCAAUAGGUGUGCAGGCUGAGGACAUUUUCGAUUGUGACAGUGGCGAUGCGGCGAAUUUGGAUUUGGAUGGGCAGGGUGGUCGCACAUUCCUGCGCGUGCUGCUGCAUCUCAUCAUGCACGAUUAUCCGCCGUUGGUAUCAGGCGCGCUGCACUUACUAUUCAGACAUUUUAGUCAGCGGCAGGAGGUGUUACAAGCUUUCAGGCAGGUGCAAUUACUCGUAUCCGACAGCGAUGUAGAGUCAUAUAAGCAAAUUAAGUCCGAUUUGGAUAUUUUGCGCCAAAGCGUUGAAAAGUCCGAGCUCUGGGUCUACAAGCCAAAAACAACUGAUGAGUUUAAUGCAACCGCUGAACGUUCGUCUGACCCAGCCAUCGAUGUCUCCAACUUGAGUAAUGAAUAUCGCGCCUCACUCUCUAACGAGCAACUCAAUGAGUACAAAAAAGUUAAGGAGAUACUUAUACGCAUGAAUAAAUUCUGCGUCACCUCUGGCCCUAUCGUGAAGCCACGCAAACACGAGCAACGUCUACUACGCAACGUUGGCGUACACACUGUUAUUCUUGAUCUGCUGCAGAAUCCCUAUGAUGAGAAAGACGAUGUGCUGAUGAAGGAAUUGAUGUGCUUAGCGCAUGAGUUUCUGCAGAACUUCUGCUUGGGAAAUCAGCAAAAUCAAGUUUUGCUGCAUAAUCAGUUAGACUUGUUCCUGAAUCCGGGGAUCUUGGAGGCCAAGACCGUUUGCGCUAUCUUCAAAGACAAUCUCGCUCUCUGCAACGAAGUUACCGACAAAGUCGUACAGCAUUUCGUACAUUGCAUUGAGAUCCAUGGCCGACACGUUGUCUACUUGCAGUUUCUUCAAACGAUUGUCAAAGCUGAAAAUCAAUUUAUACGCAAGUGUCAGGAUAUGGUCAUGCAGGAAUUGAUUAAUGCCGGCGAGGAUGUGCUCGUCUUCUACAACGAUAAGACCUCCUUCAAUCAGUUUGUCUCGAUGAUGCAGAUUGAAAAGUCGCCACUAAGCGAUACUAGUCAACUGCGUUACCAUGUGGAACUGGUUAAGCUGCUGGCUUGCUGUACCAUGGGCAAGAAUGUGUACACCGAAAUCAAGUGCAAUAAUUUGCUCUCACUGGACGAUAUAGUGACCAUUAUUUGUAAUCCUGCUUGCAUACCCGAGGUUAAAGAGGCCUAUGUUGAUUUCCUUAAUCAUUGUUACAUCGACACCGAGGUGGAGGUGAAGGAGAUCUACUCGUCGAGCCAUAUGUGGAAUUUGUUCGAGAAAUCGUUUCUGGUCGACAUCAAUCAGCUGAUUGCCAUCGGCGCCAAUGCCGAUAAAACCCUACUUAAUUAUGUGCUUAGUGGUGUAACGAAUGUAUUGAAUACCUUCUUCUCCAGCCCCUUCUCCGAUCAAAGCACCAUCGUGCAGACGCGUCAGAUGAUUUUCGUUCAGAUACUGCAAGCCACCUAUCGCCUGUCGCAGUGCAAGUGGCUGUCACUGGCCGAUCGCUUUAAUGUCGAGAACUGCGUUCGUACGUUGGCUGAAUCGGCGAAGACACGCAACAUUGCGAUACCGCUCGAUCUGGAGCAGCAGGUGGUGUCGAUGUCUAGCAAAACAGCCUUGCUAACGCGUCAGACCACCAAAUGGCUAUUGGCCUCGAAGCAGCCAAAAUAUGAAACACAGCUCUCGGCAAAUUUAAUGCGUUUGGACCGAUCGAUCAUAGAGGGCUUGCAAGAUAUUGUCUCGCUGUUGGAAGAUCAACUGAAGCCGGUGGUGGAGGCGGAGUUGUCGUUGUUGGUUGACAUUCUGUAUAGAUCGGAGUUACUCUUUCCGCCUGGUACCGAGGCGCGCAAGCGUUGCGAGAGCGGUGGCUUCAUUAGAAAGCUAAUCAAACAUACUGAGAAGCUGCUGGAGGAGAAGGAGGAAAAACUGUGCGUGAAGGUGUUGCGUACACUGCGCGAAAUGAUGGCAAUCGAUGUGAAUUACGGCGAGAAAGGCGAUGCAUUGCGCAACACUCUAUUAAUGAGGUACUUUGAUCGUAAGGGGGGCGGUGGAAGUGGUGGAAUUAUAAGCGGUAUUGGCGGCGGAGUUGGCAUUGGUAUCAAAGGAGGAAGCAGUGAAAGCAGCAGUCUCGGCAUUGGUGGAGUGGGACCAAAAGCAAUCGAAGGCAAGUCGGAUGCUAGCGAUGGUAGCGCGCUGGAGCAGCAGAAGCGCGUUUAUUUGGUAACACAUGGCCCUGGCGCCAAGUACCUUCAACGCGCUGGCAAAACUCUACACGAGGUUCAAAAUCAUUUAGAUCGCGAGGGCGCAUCCGAUCUGGUCAUUGAACUUGUCAUAAAAUCUGUACACUCGCCCUCGAUCUUCGUGGAGGCCGUCGAGCUGGGUAUUGCGCUGCUUGAAGGUGGAAAUCCUAUCAUACAGAAGGGCAUGUAUCAAAAAUUUUUAAGCGGCGACUUCAAUCAAGCUUUCUACAAGGUUUUCUUCGAGAAGAUGAAAGACUCACAGCAAGAGAUAAAGUCCACGGUUACGGUAAACACCACAGACAUUGCCGCGAAGGCGCACGAAAACAAGCAGGAUGCCAAUCUGGAGCUGGACAAAAUAGCACGCAAGCAUGGUGUGAAGAGCAAUGGCGUCGUCAUCACCGACGAGCUGAAGAAGGAGCUGCAUAAUGCAGGCUUGGCGACAGCGCGCGCUUAUGGCAAUGCACGCAGCAUUCAUCCGGGUGAUGAAAAUUCUGCAAUUAGCAUUAAUAGCCCGUUGGAAGACAUACUCGCCGAAAAGUUGGAGAAACACAAGGACAGCAAGGAGGAUCGGCAUAAGAUUUCGAAUAAAGUAUUGGUAAUGCAACCGAUACUGAGGUUCUUGCAAUUGCUUUGUGAGAAUCACAAUCCCGAUCUGCAGAAUUUGCUGCGAAAUCAAAACAAUAAGACUAACUACAAUCUCGUCUCCGAAACGUUGAUGUUUCUGGAUUGCAUUUGUGGCUCGACCACAGGUGGACUGGGCCUGCUCGGUCUCUACAUCAACGAAAACAAUGUGGCACUCAUAAAUCAAACCUUGGAAACGCUUACCGAGUAUUGUCAAGGGCCAUGCCAUGAGAAUCAAAAUUGCAUAGCAACACACGAAUCUAACGGGCUGGACAUUAUAACGGCGCUCAUAUUAAACAACAUCAAUCCGCUGGGUGAAAAUCGCAUGGAUCUCGUUUUGGAGCUGAAGAACAAUGCCUCGAAAUUGCUGUUGGCUAUUAUGGAGAGUCGCGGCGACAGCGAGAAUGCCGAACGCAUUUUGUACAAUAUGAAUCCGAAACAGCUGGUGGAGGUUGCCUGCAAGGCAUACCAUCAAGAGGAAAUGAUCGACGAAAGUGAUGAUCACGAUGAAGGCGAUGCGGAUGCAGAUGACGAUGUGUCGGUGAGUCCACGCGAGGUGGGUCACAACAUCUACAUACUUUGCCACCAGCUGGCGCAGCACAACAAGGAACUGGCAGCACUGCUCAAGGCCUGUGAAGAUCCACAAGCGGCCAACUUCGACGCCAAAAUGAGUCAGGCGCUAAUGUACUACGCAACACACACAGCGCAAAUUGAAAUCGUACGUAAUGAUCGCACUUUGGAGCAGAUAGUUUUUCCGAUACCCGAAAUAUGUGAGUACUUGACCACAGAUACUAAAAUCAAGAUUUUGAACACAGCAGAACGUGACGAUCAGGGCUCAAAGGUGGCCGAUUUCUUCGACAAAGCCGAGGAGAUGUUUAAUGAAAUGAAAUGGCAGAAGAAGUUGAGAGGUCAGCCCUUCCUAUUCUGGGUCAGUAGUUACAUGUCGCUGUGGAGCAAUAUACUCUUCAAUUGUGUCGUUGUUAUUAAUCUAAUUGUUGCCUUCUUUUAUCCUUUUGACAAUACUGUGCCGGAGCUCAGUUCUCAUAUAUCCUUACUCUUUUGGGCAAUUCUGCUGUUCUCUCUGGCUAUUGUUGUAACGCUACCGCGCGAGUCGGGUAUACGUACUUUAAUUGGUUCGGUGAUACUACGUUCGAUAUUUCUAAUUGGGCCGGAGUCAACGCUUUGUCUGCUUGGAGUUGUGACUGUCACUUUGAAAAGCGUACAUAUUGUGAGCAUUAUGGGCAAUAACGGUACCUUGGAAAAGAAUUUCUUCAAAAUUAUCACGGACAUGCAACUGCUCUACCACUGCAUUUAUAUCAUCUUCUGCUUUUGUGGACUGAUUUUCCAUCCCUUCUUCUACUCACUGCUGCUCUUUGAUGUCGUCUAUCGCGAGGAGACCCUGGUCAAUGUCAUACGCUCCGUGACACGCAAUGGUCGCUCGAUUGUGUUGACUGCUGUAUUGGCUUUGAUUUUGGUUUAUCUCUUUUCCAUCAUCGGCUAUAUGUUCUUUAAGGACGACUUCCUUGUCGAAGUUGACACCGAUGAAACACAAACGACAGUAACGCCUUCGCUUGCGGAUAUCACAAUAUCAUUGCCAGCGAAUGGAGGGGGAGACACUUGCAGCGCGCCGGAUACAUUUGGGAAGGAUGCCUUUUCUGGCGCUGAUGAUGGCGCUGGAGCGCAUGCCAACGUUGCUGGUUCUACCAGCGCAGCAACUGCUGAUGACAAUGGUGGUUGCGGAGGAGAAACAAAGGAACGUUCUUGUGAUUCUUUGGUGAUGUGCAUCGUAACGACACUGAAUCAAGGUUUACGAAAUGGUGGCGGUAUUGGAGAUAUACUACGCGCACCAUCGAGCAAGGAGAGCCUUUUCGCUGCACGUGUCAUAUACGAUCUACUCUUCUUCUUCAUUGUCAUCAUUAUUGUGUUGAAUUUAAUUUUUGGUGUCAUCAUUGACACCUUUGCCGAUCUGAGAAGUGAAAAGCAGCAAAAAGAGUUAAUUCUCAAGAACACCUGCUUCAUUUGUGGCCUAAAUCGUUCGGCAUUCGACAACAAAACGGUCAGUUUUGAGGAGCAUAUCAAGAGUGAACACAAUAUGUGGCACUAUUUGUACUUCAUAGUUUUGGUUAAAGUGAAGGAUCCCACAGAAUUCACCGGACCCGAAAGUUACGUAUACGCCAUGGUGAAAGCCGGCAUUCUGGACUGGUUCCCACGAUUGCGCGCCAUGUCUUUGGCCGCUGUGGACGCGGACGGCGAACAAAUUGAGCUACGCAGCAUGCAGGCGCAACUGCUGGAAACGCAAUUGCUCAUCACCAACUUGUCACAGCAGUUGCACGAGCUGAAGGAUCACAUGACUGAGCAGCGCAAACAAAAACAACGCUUAGGUUUGCUCAAUACAGCGCCGAGUAAUCUGUUGGCGUGCUAUCAACUGCGCGAUGCGAAUAGUUUGUCAUGAAGUGUGGAUGCGGGCGAUGGCGUAUAAGUUACGCGACACGUUUUGCAAGUGCAUUUAAGGAAAUGUGGCAUUUCAAUUGGUUUCUUAUUCAUUUAUUAAUAUUUUUUAUUGUUAUUUACUUGCGAAAUGGAUCGAAUUAUUAUAAGCAUUAGGCGCAAAGGAAGCAAUCAAGUAAGCAGGAUAAAAUGUGUGAAACGCGCAACAGAACAGUGAAAAACAGUGAUUUUAUUUGCAAUACUUCCAAAAAGAAAAUUAACAAAAAUUAGCUUCCUCAUGCAAAAUACGAACAAAUAUUUGACAACAAAAACAAAAAAAGUACAUAAUUUCAUGUUGUGUGUGUAAAACUGUAGGGCGAAAAUAUAUACAUAUUUGUCACUGUAGUUGUUGUUAGCGCGUUACCCGACUUUUAAGCGUAGCCUUUCUGAAACACCCCUGUUUAUGUGACGAAUACGAAUCAUGAAAGCACCAUUUAUCCUGCAUUUGCAAUAUAUAUAUAGAUAAGCAUAUAUUUUACAAUUUUUGCACAUUGUGAUUUGCAAAGCAUUACUUAUUCGUUAACUUUUUUUGUUUUUU